CUCUAUACGAAAUAUAUGUCACAUACAUGUCGCGCCGUGGACUUAUGGCAACUCUAGAGACUUUGAAAUUCGACAAUUUGGCGCUUCGCUCCCUCCCAAUCGACAAGGAGACCAAAAAUGUCAUCAGGCAAGUCAAGGGAGCUUGCUACUCACUUGUUGAACCAACACCAGUCACAAAUCCUCGUCUGGUGGCUUGUUCUCUUCCAGCCAUGUCUCUGUUGGAUUUACCACUAUCAGAGGUUUCCAGGCCUGAAUUUGUGCAGUGUAUGAGUGGAAAUAGGUUGCUGCUUGGCUCUAAAACCGCAGCCCAUUGCUAUUGCGGGCACCAGGCUGGAUAUUUCUCUGGACAACUGGGAGAUGGGGCUGCUAUGUAAGCUGCCUAUGAUUUUUCAACUUCUUUAGUUACCAUGGGGAUUCUGUAAAUCAUUAACCCCUAUAAAUGAUGAUAGACAUUUUUACCCCUUAACUGACUUACCCUACCCUAUGUGGACCUGGCUUUCAGCAAGAUUAGAGAACCCCUAUUCAACAUACAACCCAUUACCCACCAUAUAAUUUGGCUGUCUGCGACAAACACAGACGGCAGACUUGCCGACUGGCAGGUAAAGGAGGUAAACAUUGUUGUGAUAUGCUCUAACACAUUCCCUAUCCCUAAACUAAACUGGAGUUUAGAGAUAGGGAGUCUGUUAAAGCUGUUUACCUCCUUUCCCUGCCAGUCUACAGUCUGCGUUUGUUGUUCACCGUAAAAUGGGGCAGGAACACAUGACGAACAAAGAAGGACUAUGUAGAAGGCUAAUUCAGGGCUUGAUAACUGUAUAUGAUUGGGAAAAGAUGCUCGUAUUAAAAUAAGUGUUUCUUGGUGUUUGAUUUCUCAAGUAUUCUAGUGAUUUGUUAAAGAUGGUUUGAAUGCAUGGGUUAAUUAAGUAUACUGUUAUGUAGUGACCAGGGGUGUAGGCAGCUUUUUGACUAGUUGUAGGCCUGGCUGACUUUCAUUUCCACAUAUCAUGAAAAUUGCAUGCAUGACUAGUACGCACUGACCUCACCAACACUUUGAGCUCUUAAGCUUUUUAGCUCACCCCAACAAUGCAUAAUUUAUUACAAGGGGUAGAGUGAUCAAAACAGAAAUUUGUAGCCCAUAGCCUGCAGGUCUAUGGGCUGGCUACGCCCCUAGUGAAACUUGUAUCAAGCAAACACCAAUGGAUGCCAGCCAGUGUCUUAAUCGUGUCACAUCAUUACAGGUUUGUCUUAGAGAAACUGCAAGAAAAUGGCUAAGGUUCAUUAUAGUCAUUUCCUGUGGAACAAAGUUCUUUUAUUAUCCUUUCUACAGGUAUCUUGGUGAAGUGAUCAACAGCAAAGGUGAACGAUGGGAGAUUCAGCUGAAAGGAGCUGGUCUGACCCCGUUCUCUAAUCACAGAGAUGGACGCAAAGUAUUAAGGUCUUCUAUUCGAGAACUUUUGUGUAGUGAGGUAUGGAGAGUGGAUGCCCACUUGACCUAUUUAUCUGUUUUGUUAAAUUGCUGUGAUGAAAAUAAUGUCCCUUGCUGUCAGAGAGAAAGAAUUUGAAAAUUAAAUUUCUUUAAUUUAGCUUAAUUUUGUUUUUUUUUAUGAUUAUAUGUUGUCAAAUGACAGGCCAUGUAUCAUCUGGGAAUACCAACAACUAGAGGUAAAAAUUCUUUAAACAUCUGUUUGAAACUGUAUAUUUAAGAUUUAUGUUUGUGGUGAUAAGAAUUAUCAAAUAUCUUGCUAUCAGUGGAGGUUGAUCAAGUGUAGAGGGGGUGGGGCUUACGGUUGUUCAAAUAUUAUUAAUCUAUUUUACCCUGUAUAAUAUAUAAAAGAUUUAGCAAAGGUUAAAGGUGAAGCUCCCCUUAAUGAACUGAUAGUUUACUUCAAACAAUAACCAUAUUGCAAAAGAAAUGCACUAGGAGUUGAGCCUCAGAUCAGAUGAAAACUAGCUACUUGUCAGCAGAUUUCUUAAAAAAAACACAUAACCCUGAAGGGUCAACACCUGAGCCCAUGAUAUGGUCAUGUGAUACUGGUAAGUAGAUACCUAGUUUGGACAGCUGUCAAUAGCCCACAUUCGAUGUAAUAAAAUUCUAACAUGACUCUGUGACUUUACAUUGCAUAUUUUUCAUGACUCUGUUAUUUCGCAUUUCCCAGAAAGUCUCAGAGUCAUGUUAGAAUUUUAAUAUAUCGAACAUGGGCUAUUGCAUGACCAGACCAUGGAUGUUCAAUAUUAGGUUGCAGGCUCCAACACUAGCCAGAAAUUGUGACAGACAGGUGAAUGUAUGGUCAUGUGACCACCAAUAUUUCUUGCAUGGAUAGAUAACCAAUUUUUCAUAAGCUACUUUCUCUGCUCUUGCACGCCUCGUGCAUGCCUGGAGCUCCACUAUAACGAUAGUAUAGUACUUGAGAGAAAAGAGGCAGAAAUGUAAAUUUUCAUCAUCAGUUUUUAGCACAUGGGCUGAUUACUUUUCAUGGGCUUACGUAACCAUCCUGUUUAGUUACAAUCAACACCAUGAUACCAUGUGCGCAUGUAUACAAGACUUACUGGUUAUAAAGUAUUCCAGUGGCCCCAAACUCCUGAUGAAAAUUAUCUGUUGUAGUCUUUCGGCAUUUAAUGGUUCCUUUAUGUAACAUAUAGUGACUCAUACUGAAGUGCACGAUAAAACUGUAAAUUACAUUCAUAAAAUUGAAAUUCUUGCAGAUAUAUCAUCAUGGCUGUAAUAUAUGUUGAGAGGUGUUCAAAGGGAAGGAUUUGUUAUCAUUGAUUUACAUUAGCAGAAUUUUUCAGUUAUGUCGCUUUAUUUUAGCUGGUUGUUGUGUGACAUCAGACACUAUGGUCAACAGAGAUAAAAAUUACACUGGAACUGCUUCCAAAGAAAGAGCUUCCCUGGUUCUUAGGAUUGCUCCAACUUUCCUAAGGUAGGGAGGUAGCACUAGCUGUGCAGCCUGAAUUUAUUUUUAUUGUCAUUUUAACUUGUCACAGCACCAUAUUAGGAUACCUGUGCAUUUAGAAAUGAUAGAAUGUAUCCAAAGUAGUCAUUGGUUACCUCACUUGAUGGAAUAUGAUACUUGGUACUUUCAUUAGACUCAUACGAGCACUGUAAGUGCAGUUACACCCUGCCUUUCACCUCAAUCCUUAAACACUGUCUUUGUUACGAAAAUAUGCUGUGCGAGGAGGCAGUCUCAUUUUUAUUUGUUACAAUGAUUAGCUCACUGUUAGACAUGCGGUAGUGAAAAUAUUUGCACUCUUCAAUUUGGAUGUCUCUGCAUAAAGUCAGUAAACUCGACGACGCCUUUUUCUUUUUUUAUUUCUCUUUCACUAUAUAUUGCUCUUUUUCUUGAGGUCAUUUAUUAUUUUAUUUUGGUUUAGGUUUGGUUCAUUUGAGAUUUUUAAGACAGUGGAUCCACUGACUGGCUACCAAGGUCCAAGUGCUGGACAACUGGACAUCCUGCAUCAGCUGCUGAACUAUACAAUUGAUAAUUUCUUCCCACAAGUAAAUUAUUGCUUUUGUUUUAAGAAAUGUCUUGUUUUUAAUACUAAAACAACUACAAUUUUGGGUUGGUCCAUAAAUGUUGUGGUGCUGAGCUUCAUAAUUAGUGAGAACUUAUGGUGUACUACACAUAAAUUUUCAGUUGGCCGCACUUACUAAAUAGUAAAUCAAUAUAUGAUUUAAUCGAAUCGAAAUUUUUCUGCAAUUUAUUACAUGAUUACAUUAUAUAUUGCACUCAGGUGCAUUAUUGCUGGAUCAUUUUUUGCAAGAUGGGACUCCCCUAUAAUAAAAUUCCCUUUUGAAAACUAAUUUUUUAUUCUAAGGCAGUGCCACAUUAAAUGUGCAGUUUUUCUUUUCCUCAUUUUCAGUAUCAGUUUCUUUUUGUAGAGAUGUGUAUUACAAUUACAAAUCAACCCAAGGCAUUCUUGCCCCAAUUAUAGCAAUGUUUGUAAUGUACCAUCCCCUUCCUAGUCCCGUGACAAUUUUCUGGAAGUCCAUUCUUGCAAAGUCCUUAUAGUCAUUGAUUGUCAUCAUUAUUAUAGCGUAGCGCGCGAAUGACGUCGGAGUGACUAAUUUGCAAUUUUUGUCUGAAUUUUGUCAUUUUUCUCAUUUUAAUGACAAAAGUCAGACAAAAGUGAGGAAUUCGCUAAUGUUAAUUUCAGUUUGUUUGCCUUAGUUUCGGUCUAUUAAUAGUAACUAGUCUUUUAUCAUUGGGUUAUCUCUGUGGCUUUCUUUUCUGUAUUUCUUUUUUUUUUCCUUCACUCAGUGAAAACCAGACACUCCUACAAAAUGUACACCAAAGAUCCAUUCUUAGAUUUAGUAUUGGUAUCCUCUUUCACAGUGUGGACCUAAGUGAACUUCUGAUUUGUUACUUAUUUGUUUUAUUGUUUUUCGUUUUAAUUCAGGUUUCUUGUAAAGAUUAUAACAGUUUGGAAGAACGCUACCUUUCUUUUUAUAAGGAGGUGGUUCUUUUAACAGCACGUCUGGCAGCUGAUUGGCAAUGUGUUGGCUUCUGCCAUGGGUAAGGAAGUGGAUUACUUACGCAAUGCUUCCUCGGAUAUUUCACUUAGAUUGAGAGAUUUUGCCAGCGGAGGAGGCAGCUGAAACUUAGUCAGGCUAAUAUUAAGUUAAAAAUUAACGCCAUUUUCAAGUUCAAAAGGUUUUCUGGUAGAUAAACCGUCAUAAUUAUUUGCUGUUAAGAUUAACGGCAUAAUAUAAAAUAUGCAAUUAAAGUUAAUCUACCAGGCACUUUAUGAACUUGAAAAUGGCGUCACGGUGAUACCGAAACGUCGUUUGAUUUUAUCCGCGUUAUUAGUUACUUGUUUCUGUAUUGCGAAACCGCCCUUAUUAAUCAGGUAUUCAGUUUGCUAAAUUUAGAAACCGGCCCAUGUGAGAUGUUAUUUUCUCAACAAUGAAAGUAUUUUCAUGAAUAAAACACACUGACGUAAAUCUUUAGAACAAAACGUCGAAGAAACAAAUCGAAGUGAUUUUGUACAACCUUCGAUUUCAAGUGACCCGUGGGGAGAGUUUAUCGGGGCAGUUAAGAUGCCUUUUAAUUGACUUCCCAACAGGACAGAACAACUGAGAGGCGGCUGUUUGCUCACCAAACGUAUUGUUUUUCCCUUUGCCGCCGCCGUCGUGGUUUGGGAAGGUCCUAAAUACCCUGUUGGCAAGAAAAGUUCCCGGAAGUUAAUAUGACAGGGAAAAACAAACUUUAUUCAACUGCCAAUACAUUAACCCAUUCGCCCCUGAACCGCCCGUAACCGCCCGUGCGGAUCCACGUCCUUUCUACCCUUUGUGACGUCAUCAGUUUUAACGGUCAAGGACAACUUUUUCCGCUAACUUGUGCAGCGUGAAGAGAUCUUUCAAACCAUACCAGAAUGAGCACAAUUCAGUCAAGGACACCGGAGAAAGAGGCAAAAAACCAUGUAACAUUGACCUGAAAAUCUCCAUGAAAAUCUUGUUUCAUUGCUCACCUACCUUUCCUUUCACCUAAUCCUAAGAUCCUAAAAGCUUUCCUAAAAACUAAUCCCACCAAAAUGAAGCCUACUAAAUGCCCAGCAAGAGAAAAAAAAAAUGAGGCAAGAAAAGCGAAAAAAGAGGGGAGGAGAGAAAGCGAAAAGUAAAAGUCAAGACUGCUGUGUCACUUUUAAACCCAAAAUUUUGCUUUCUGCGCAUGCCCGAACUUCGCAAGCUGAUAUUUUGCAUCUGGAUCAGAAGGCCAUGAAGUGUACGACCUGUAAACCGGUUUGUGGUAAGUUUUAGCUCUUUAUAGCACGACAGUGACCAGAAAACCACUCGACUAGCUUCAAAACGCCUUUUUUGGCAAAAUCUCCAGGAGCGAAUGGGUUAAGUGCGAAUUAUGUAAUUAUUGAGGACACUGUUUUUGGUCUCCUACUGGAGAUGGAACCGCUAUUUUAAACUAGCCAUCCAUGCUUGUUGAGCAUGAUAUGAACUUCAUAAGACAGCAAGAACAACAUAAUUAUAAUUAUACCAGAACUAAGCUGCAUCUCAAACUUCUAACUCCCUUAGCCAGGCAAUCAGACGAUCCGUGAAUCUAAAAAUUUUUAAACGUAAUCUUUUGUAAUUUGUAAUUUAAAUGAAUUUGAGUUAAUAUCUUGUACAUUUUAAUACUUUUUACAUAUUUUAGAUUUUUAAUGUCUUUGUGAAUUGUGUGUAUUUUUUAUUUUUAUUUAUUUUUUAAAUUUUAUGAGAUCCUUUUUGAAAACCAUAUUUUAUGUGAAAAAGUCAUCUCAAUAAAGAUUAUUAUUAUUAUUAAGCGGCGUGGAGUUUUAGUCGUUUGCUAGCAAAGGCAGUACUUUUCUGCGUAGCACAGUUAUUUUAAGACGCGUAGUGUGACGAGUGUUAGCCCAGCCCCGUGACCUUCUGCUCUGCAGACCAGCUCUCUACCAAAGGAACUAGUUCUGCUGUGUGUGAGAAUUGAGGUAAUGAAACCAAUGCGAACAAAACACACCAUAGUCACGUGUGUUCUCUUAUGUCCUUGCAGGGUUGUUAAUUCUGAUAACAUGAGUAUCGUUGGUGUCACAAUUGAUUAUGGGCCGUACGGAUUUCUGGAUUAUUAUGAUCCUAAUUAUCUCAGUCAGUCAUCGGGUGAGUACCAAGUUAACUGCAGUCAAUAUCCACUAACAUGCGGGUCAAGUUGUUUUUAUUUGUUUUGACACUAUGAAAUAAAUGAAAGAAAAUUUUCACCAAUCUUUUGCUCUCAUUUGGAAGUAUUUUCUUUUUUCUCAUUUCUACUUUGUUUCUAUUUUCCUUUUGUUUUACUGAUCACUUGGUUAAAAACUCUUGAACUUUCAGUAGUUCAUUAUUUCAAUGGGUACUACUAGACCUGUCAGUAUUCUGGUUAACAUUUGACUAAUGGCAUAUCAACUCGCGUAUUUCCUGUCCAUUUAAUAUUAGUCAGUUGUGUACUGAGAACAGAAUCGUUUAUUUUUCACUUUAAAAAACUAUUGCGCUGGUUUUAGACGCUAGACGAAGGAAUUCAUUCAAGAACCAACCCGAGCUGUUCAAGUGGAAUUUGCUGAAGUUAGCGGAAGCCAUUCAAGAUGCAGUGCCUCUACAAGAAUCCAUCUCUUCUUUAGAAGAACUGUAGGUAUAUCGGUACAUACAGUAUGAUGUGGUUUAAUUUUAUCCUUGGUACAAAUUUGGUUUUAAUUCCUUUUGUUUUUGGAUAAGCUAAUAGUGAAAGGGAAUAAAAAAAAAAAACGAAAGAAAAAGUUAAGCUUUGACCGAUAAAUUGACAAACUUGUACUUGAAAUAGCGCGUUUUUAAUUUGAUGUCAGUAAAUGAGUAGAAGGACAAGGUUCCCGUUUCCAAGAUUUUGCCGACUUAUGAAAAACCGAAAUGGUAACAAAAGAACGAGACCAUGAGACACCAAUAAGGAGAAUACGGAAUGUUCUUCGUUUUGUUUACGCAUCCAAGCUUUCUUUUUUAUUUUGACAAACACAGGCACUGGCAAAUUAAAUACGGACGGUUUGCUGCGUCUUCAGCACAAAGAUCUGCAAAUAGACUCGUCAAGGCUGCAGAAGUACGUGCGACGGUCAGAGAGUAGGCAAGCUCUUGACUUGAGACGCGUAUUCUCCCUUCGCUUUAUCUCGAGAGAACCUGCUAGUGAGAGGACCAGUUUCUAUAGAUAUUCUGAUUUUAUUUCAGAUUCCAUGUGGAGUUUGAGAACUGUUUCCUUGCAAAGAUGAGGUUGAAAGUGAGUCGUAGUAGUUUCUUAUUUGAAUGAUUUAUUUGAUUCAUAUGUCCAGGAACAGUUGACAUUAUCACAUUUUAUUGUAAUUUCAGCUGGGCCUGGUAAAGAAAGAACUCCCAACGGACAAGUAAGUAAAUGGGAAUCUUUAUCGAAAAGCCACCGAAGCGAUCUCUGUGAAGAAGACAACAUUUCAACUGAAUUCCCGCCGAUUGUUUUAUUUAUAAUCACUGAAACAUAGGCACAUAUUCCCACCCUGACCCUCGAAUGAGAAGGGAAGGGCCGGGGACUGGGGACCGGGAGCAGGGGGCAGUAUGGCCGAGUGUUUAGACUUGCUGUACCGCUCUGACCACUAGCUGGAUUUGUCUGUUGGUAAUUCUGAGCCUUGUCCAGUUCUGGCGAGAUGGCAAGAACUGGACCAUUCCUCGGCGGCGCUUGUACAUGUCGGUAGCCAGAAGGUUUCCUCCUGACGGAGUGACGAUUGGGGUUCAGCUAAUGCAAUUCCACGGUAAACAAGACAUUUACUAUUUACCAAAGGGAAGGAGGAAGGUGGAGAAUCGAGCGUGCGAGGGCGUGUAGGGCACCUGACUUGUUUUUUUUCUCCCAUCCUUUUCAAGCAUCUUCUUACACGGGCUUAGGCAGCCUGUAUUAAGCCUAAUCAGUAGUUUAAAACGCUUCACGUAGUCUUUGUUAGUUUGAAACAAUUUUGCAAUUUUUACCCAGACUUGACUUACUGCCGAUGAGAAAGAAAGACAUACAUUUCUUGUUUUAGUUAAAGUAAUAAGCAUCUUGUUCUUAGGAAUGUUAUCACAUCUCUUUUUGAUACCAUGGAACAAACCGGGGCAGACUUCACAAACACCUUCAGAUGUCUUUGCCGAGUAUCACCAUCAAGUUGCACUUCAACAGAAAGCGGGUUAGAGCUUUUCCUUUCCUCCGUGUUUGUUUUUCCUUUUGCAGUCUAAUUUUUCUGUCUGUGAAUUAUCAUGCAAGUUUUCCCGGGAGCGCUAUCUCCUACAACCAACCGGAAGUGUUUCAUAUUUCAGUCCUUAAACAAAGAAGUCUGUUGUCCACUUUCGCGUAGAAAACAGCCUUGUCAGUUUGGAAAUUAAUUCUAGCUUUUUAUAGUCGCAGAUUUAAUGACUGAAAGUACAUAUCACGAAAAACAAUGGCAUUUUGGGUGAUGGAUUGAUUGUUGUUAGGCUCAAAUCAUCGUUUUGUUAGAAAAAUAUAGAUUUAUGGAACAUAUGACUGCUCCAACUUCAUCUAACACCGUUGGACCUUUUUAAUUGGUGUUCGAUGAUGUGGGAAGGUGUUGAAUGUUUUUGGUGUUGGAUCAGGAUUGAAACAAUUUCACCUCUAUGCAACAAUGUUUGAUCAGUGUUGGACCAGCGUUGUUAGAUCCUGUUUAAUUGUACCUUGACAUCAUUACUGUUGUAGUGAUCUUGUUAACAGUUCAUUUUCAAUGUAGUUCUCGUCCUUUUUCUUAGUGAUGAAGACGUGGUAGAAUAUUUGGUAUCUCAGUGCGUCUCACUUCAAGGGAUGAUAAAAACCACAUCAAACUUUGUAGAAUGGAGGUCAGUCUUUUUAUAGUCCUUAACAAUAUCAUGAAUAAAGCGAUGGUUUAAGUAUUGGCGAAUGAUUUGUUUUGUCGAGGCGUUUGUGAGCCCAUCAAAAUCAAGCCUCAACCACGUCACACAUCAGGUGAGAAGUCUGAGCAGCCAACAUGCAGUUCUCAGUGCUUUUAAUUUUCCGGGAAAAAACGCAGCGUCUGAAACUUGCAAGUAUAAUUUUUGAAUAGGAUAAAAAAUUUUGUUAAUUUUUGUUUUAAAUUUUGAUUUUUGAAUAAUUGAUGAAUGAGCUACUGCAAAGGGAUUCGAGAGUGGACGCUUUCGUAGCCUGUUCCAGGCGUUAAGGAGCGCCGAGUAAAAACCUACGCGGGGAAAACUAGGGGAAAAUCGAGGAGAGACUAGGACUAGUCUCCCCUCGGUUGUUUUUUCCUCGUCAAUUUUUCAACCGCGAUCUACUAUCUGAACGCCUGGAACAAGCUAACGUUUUCGCUCUGAUAAACACUCGCUGGGUCCGUUGUUUCUGAUUGGUUGAGAAAGGUAGUCAUUCAGUAAAGCAAAAAUAGCGUCCGAAAGCCAAAACGAAAAAACGUUCCACACGCAAUUGAAAGCCACUCACUCUCCCUCUUACUAACUUGUUCGUUGUAUUGAUUUUCAGUCAACUGAUGGAAAUGUCUCGUGAGGUUUGGCAGUCAAGUCCAAAUGUGAUAUCUCAGUUACAAAUGGAAGCUGAAAAGCAUCGAAAAGAUGACCAAGAACGCAAGGAAAAAGUGCGGAAACUUAAGGUUGGUCCUUAAUACGUAUUCUUUGGGACGUGUAAGCAUUUCACACUUAAAAGUCUUUGAUUUAAUUCUGAGGUUCUACAUUCAAAACAUUGUGUUUGUAAGUCUCUUUUAUACAGCCAAAAAUGGCGAAUGUUAGUAGUCCCCACCCCACUCAUGUGAUCCCCGGCUUCCGGCAGGGUAGAUGUUUGCUUUCUUUUGCUUUGUUUUGGUACAAAAAAAAACUGGAUAACGGAGAAAUAAGUUUGAGAGAACCUGCAGUGGAAUAGCAAGCCAUCCAGGAGGGAAAAUGUUGGGAGUGUAAUGCAAUACUAGUGGGUGCCCUGUGGUGUAUGUCUAAUACUAAGGAUUUGCACAUUUUCCCAUGAUUGACAUUGUCAUCAUACAACAGGGAACACUAAACAAAUUACACUGGGCUGACUUUAAAAAAAAAUAACAAGUUCUUCUAUUAUAGUCUCGAAGGGGGCUUAACUAACUGAAUUGACUUUUCUCAGAUGUUAACUCAAGAAGAAAAAGAGGAAAACGACAGAAAGUUAUGGAAAGAAUGGAUCCGAGAAUAUAAGUAAGUUUGCAUUGGCGGGGCUGAUAGCGAUUAUAUAUACUGCCAACUGGGACUGCAAGCAGUGAUUCAGCGCCCACGCCGCUUGUUUUGUCAAGCAGCCAUUGUUAUCAUAAUUACAUCUUUGUUUUUCUCCAGAGUUCGCCUUGAUAAGGAGUUCGAUGGGCAGCAGAAUUCAGAUCAGGUAACUGUACAAUGUCGUUAUUAGGCUCUUUCCUCUUUUAGGUCUUGGGAGUCACGUGAGGCGCCUGAACGAGAGACCCUGAGUAGCAAGGUGCUGGAAAGGAAUUGAACUUGGAAUCGAGGCUUUUGGACUAUGAAAUAAGCAUUCUGUUGUUUUUAUAACUAUUUUGUUAAGGCAGACUAAUUAGUCCACUUCGUGCCUUUCAGAUUAAUAUAUUAUUGUAUGGAUUACACAGAGGUAGGUUGACUAUUCUCGUCACUAUUGACUUUUUUUUCCUUACAUAGGUUAAUAACGAACGAAUCAGGGUAAUGAACUCCAACAAUCCAAGGUACGUUAAUGUUUUGGGGAUAUAUAUGUUUGUGUAUAUUACCAGGUAUAUAUUCGUUGAUCUAAUCACUUAAUGGCAGAGUGGUUUCUCUCCAGACUCCAGUUAGAGUUUAGACUAAAGAUUUAGCUAGCUUCUUCAAUUUGUGCUGGUCUCAACGGAGCGGUUUUGUUGGAAGACACUGAAAAUGCGGUUUCGUGAUGCCCUCUUUUUAAACGCUAUCUUAGUUUAUUGACUCUCAGAGUGACCAAAGAACCCCUGAGUCACAGGAGAAGAGGUUACGGAGGGAUUGGCAGGUUAUACCCCGCCCGGCCUGACUGUCUACUAAACUCAUGUAUUUUAUCCUGUUAUCAUAUUACCCGGACGACCCCGCAAGCAAUUUCGUUGGAAAACCAUAUGAAAAAAGCCUCGUAUGAGGGCCGUACGCGUCAAGUGAUAGGGUCGGAAAAACGUGUACGGCCCUACUCGAAAAGCGUAAUGAGCGAUGCGGACUCGCUUUGUCAGAAAAAUUCAAAUACACAACGGUCAUAUGAUAAAUUGCUUAUUGAAUGAGUUAGAUCGGGCCGGGUCCGUGCCUCCUGACCAGAGCCAAAUAUUUUCCCGUCCGGCCCUCCUACUCAGUCAGUGAGUAUAUAUCAUUUACCAAAAAUAAAUGUACAAGAGAAGAAGUAUUAUGAUCCAGGUUUUCUUAGUUGGGGAAUGUUGAACUACAUACCCAGAGUAGGUGUUCCUGAGGUCGUAGAAACUUUUGUAAUCGGGGCUUUGAGAUAAAUGUUAAAGGUAUCUUAUCAGUCUUAACUGUUGUGUAUUUCCUCUUUAGAUUUAUUUUAAGAAAUUACAUCGCUCAGAAUGCAAUAGAGGCAGCGGAAAGUGGAGAUUUCACUGUGGUAAGGAGAUCGUAAAAUAGACCUAUUCGGCUAACUCAGUGUUGUACCCAAUUCAAACCCUUUGGGAAUAAAAGGUUUUGUUUCAGGAAUUUCCAUAUCAUUUACAUGUGAAUACCACGUUAUAAUGCAAAUACAAUACACAAAGAAUCUUAUCCCCGGGAGAUAAGAAUUGGGUACAACAUUGAAUUAGCCGUGUCCAGUGUCCAGUGUCCAGUCUGAUGUUACCGGAAGUAUUUCUUGAAACUACAUAUUUUGUCAUAUUAUGUGUUGUGGAGUGUUUAGUGUCAUGGCUUGGCUUACGGAUGAAAAAAAAAAAAAGAAAUAAAGAAAUAACAACCACAACUCGCCAAACUGUGCGCUAUACUUGUUUGACUUAUUUGUAUUAAUUUACUUUUAAUAUCUUGUUUCAUUUGCUUUCGCCUGCGCGCAAGAAUAGUACCAAUUUGUUAUUAUCCAUUUUUUCCUUUGUUGGUUGCAACACUUAAACCCUUGGAAUGAUAUACACCUUUAAUUCACCUGGGUGAGGGAAAUGUGAUUGGUUUUACUGGGCCUAGAAAAAGUUGUAGAUUCAGUACGUAUUUUAUAAUUUCAACUGAUUAAAAUAUUGUUUUACAGGUACAAAAUCUCCUGAGGCGUUUGGAGACACCAUACAGUGAAGAUACUGAACUUCAGAAGGCCAUAUUUCCUCAGAGGAAAUCUAUUGAAUCCUCCCGCACAUCUCACCACACCCCAGCACUGUUUAACAGCUCUGAUGCGCUUGAGAUGUAUCUUGAUAAACCACCAGAUGACGCGCUUAACAUGAGACUGACGUGAUCCUCGUAAAUCUUCAGUCAUGGUCUGUUAAUUAACGAUUCACUUCGAGAAAUAUUAUAAGCGCUUUCUAGAUAGCACAAAGCAGCAAGCUAUACUCAUUUUUUGCGUCGCAUAUUAUACCGUACUUGAGGCUCUCCGUUAUAGUCCUUCGUAUAAGCAUCGCUUCCCUAAAUACUAUUACCGUCCACAGCUCUUAAGCGUGCGAACGCUUUUUCGGUCGUCGCUUCUCUCCACCCGAAAAAAAACUUAAAAUAAAUGUCUGCAGCCGCAGGCAAACAUUUCUUCGACGUGCAUGGCUACUCUUACUACUUGUGCUGUUGUUUCGGGUUAUGGUUACUUAUUUGGCCGUAUCCCAAAAUUUAAUGGCAGAAAGGCUAUGGCGUAAAGCACCUUUACCGCCAUAUCAACCGUCGGCUGUUGCCUCUAGUAAUAAGGUUUGGAAAUUCUUCCCUUCAGCGCGCUCUGUCAUCAAUUACUUCGAGGUCACAUGACACAUAACAAUGAAACUGUUUCCCGCCAAAAAUCUCUGAAAACAACAUUGCAAAAUCUAUGACGUCAGAGAGUAACAAUACACUGUUACCCGCGAAUGUUGACCGACGAAUCUCGAUGUUUUCCUUGGCUUCCCUCGGGAAAUAUUGAGAUUCUCUGGAAACAAAAAUAACUGUUUCCCUCAGGACCAGUCAUGAAGUGUUUAAUAUUGGCGGUUAAUUUAUCUUCUAAUUUGAUACUUUGCCAAGACAUCCGGCGCUCUCCUGCGAUAAAUUAAUGUCGUACUACAUUACCAGGAUUUUCAAUGUCACUGGCAUGUUACAGGUUCAACCAUAUGGCUCUUCUCAGAUUCUAGGUCACAAGCUACUGUUGUUUUAAUAGACACUGUAAUGAGCAACUUAACAGGACAUUGCUAUAUGGACUAGCCAACUUGCCAUUUUUCGAGCCUGAGAAAGUGGAAAGGCUGCCGAAACAGUCUACAGCCUAUUUUAAUGAUGGAAAGGAAGGAAAUGUUUGACAACAUUACUCACUAUACCCCACUCAGCUGUGUCUAGGAAGCGCUAUCUCAGACUCUUUGAUGCGGACCGUGUUGUCUUCGUUAUGACGGUACAAACACAAACCAAGUAAUAAUGGCUGUUUGUGCCUGAUACACGUAUGUAGUCUGAGUUAAAUAAACUGCUAGUACCUGAAUAGACUGUAGCCUCAUUUUAUAGCAACUGCAAUCCUUUAAUUUUCAGUCGUUCAAAUUCACUUUUUUUGGCGUCGCAAUUAAGUUUACGUUAAACGUCAUCGUCGCCAAACGCUGUUUUAUUAUUCAUUCAAAAUAAUUCCUAACAUCGAUGUUAAGUUCACCCUCGAUUAAUUUCUCCAAAUAGCAGAUGUCGCCCUUCGAGUUGUUUCUUGCUCUUCUUGCCAGUUGUUGGCUCCUCUCUCCUGUUUAUUUCAAACGCGGACACGUUAAACACAAAACUCUUCCAAAUUUGGUCAUCAGUAACUUUAUGGUGAAUUAUGCGUGGCCAAUCAGAAUCGGGGAAAUUUUUGAAUGAAAUAACUUACGGGUUUUUUUGUUUGUUUGUUUUUUUUUCCAAGCAAAUGACAAUAAACUUACUGUUCGUAAAAGUAUUAAAUCUUUUAAUGGUAAUUAUGCUAUCCUCCGUUUAGCAUCAACUUCAAGCACUUUGGUUUCUUGUAGGUAUAAUUCUAUUUCUGAAGGUUAAAAUAAAAUAGAUCUUGCUUUUGUAGUAUACAAUUAAACUUGUAGAAAAAUGUGAAACGACAAACUGAUCCUUACGGCAAGGCGAUGAAGAAGUAAACAAAAGAACAAAAAAUAUAUAUACCUGGAUAUUUGAAAACCAGGUUAGCAUAAAAAUCAACUCAUUCUACCACUUGGCAAUUUAAAACAUUAAAACUUCAUUCAAAGGCCGAUUAAAUGCCUUUAUCUAACUCCGGGUAGUAAGUUAGUAGUUACUAGAAGCAGUUCAACAAGUCCAAAUUUAAAAUGACGCAAAUUUUAGAACAUUAUUCAGUAAUCUGACUCCGUGAAGUUUCAAACUGGUGUCAUUUCAGUGUAGAAAUUUUAUUAAGUUGACUGAACUGCAGCGAACCAGUGUGUGGUUAAGGCUUACAUAACAACUUAAAUAGUUAGCAAAACACUACUUUUUUUUGCGGUCCGAUAAACGACAGGGUUUCGCAUGGAAUAGACAACAAACUGAAUGAAACAUACUACACAAAUUAUCACAAUCCGGCCUUUUGCCAUUAGAGCCCGCUGAAACUAGACCUAGAUCCAAUUUUCCUGAGUCGAGGGUUGCUUUUCCAAGGUACAAUCAGCUAACCUAAACACCGAAGAAACGUUUUUGUGGCUGGCACAAAAUAUAUUUAGCGAAACAUCUCAACCACACGAAUACAUACCUGUUAACAUCAUGCGGAAAUCACCCAAUCACACACAUUCGCAGCACUGAUAAGACUAUCAACAACCAUGCACGCAUAAUCUUCUGACGUUUUAAACACAAGCCAAAUAUCAUCGAAUAAGACUCCUGCUUUGUAAAUAGGCUAUGCUUUAAUUAUAACCCAGCAGUUUGAUUCUAUUUUAACUGUAACUUUUAAUUUAUUUUUAAUUCUUGACGUUUGUAACUUUCGAUAGGUAUUUUAUCGACUGCGGAACAAAUAUUGUUAUUAUGAUUAUUAUUAUUAUUACUUUCUUCUAUGAAUUUUUAUUUUCCUGUAGGGUAAUUAUUAAUGAUGAGGCUGAGUAUCUUAUGAAAAAUUAUGGAGAUCGAGGAGGGUGUUAUCCGUCGAGGCCGUAGGCCGAGGAGGAUAACACCCUCCGAGAUCUCCAUAAUUCUUCAUAUGAUACGAAAGCCGAAUUCAAUAAUUGUUUUAUUAUUCAUUCAAACAACAGGGGUCUUCUUUGCAUGAGCAUGCGCGACCACUGACUUGUCAAAGAGCACGGGACCAGUGACAGCGACCGUGCUGCAUAGUCAUAGGAACCAAAUUGUUCACCAUGAAAGCUUGCUUGAGAUUGAAAUGGUAGCAGGAACUUAGGAAAGACCUUCGUUGUAUAUACAAAAUAAGUAAAGAUCUGUUGAUUUAAAGUGGAGACUGAUGCAUGAACGAGGUGAAAGAGCAAGUUUCUCAAGGAUGUCUGACACGAAUAUGGCUGCUUGUUGUUGUUUGGCGCUCGACUCAUGUCUUGAUUCCCCUUUAAGAACCGCAAAGUUUGGCAUAGAAUACAUUGCUGAUGCGUAGCUAUUGAGCAAAAUGUUCUUUAUUUAGUGUUUGUCUAUAAAUCGGAUGUAAAUUAGUUUCUCGAUGCCGUAGAGGAUUUCUGCCAAUAAUUUGUUAAUAGCUGAUUUAGCCAUAUUUCGGGAGUGGAUAAAUAACGAUCAGCGGGCGACUACCACGCCGUUUUCGGUUGGAAUAGAAAGUUUUUGCCUUAAGUAUUUUAGCGAUACAAAGUUUGUUUAUAGGAAAAUUGUAGAACUUCUUGUUUUUGCGUGGAUAUUGUAACGCAUCUUUUACAGGAAUUUGCUUUUGGCCAGAACUUAAAUGUUCUAACGAUUUUUAGCUUUUGGUCGGCAUCACAUGUUUACUGUACUUCUUGGGAAACCUAACCGUUUGUUUUAUCAAAAUCGGUCACAAGAUUGGACUUCAAUUUCGGUCCUAUUGAAUGCAGUUUUGACUGUGUCUCAUUGAUAUCCAUUUUUUUAUUGUUCGAGACAUACAGAGUGACUACCACCAACAUCUCACCAGGUGACUAAUCUACGUCUCGUGUGCUCUUAAUUUUGUAGCUUUAAAGUGCUGGGAAAAUUGUAGAACAUAUAUUAAUUCACUGCUGAACUGAACAGCGGCUUUCGCGCACUUUGAACCCACUCGCUGAAAUUUGCUAUGUUUUUUUUUAAUAUUUCUCUUCCUUUCCCAUUUCAAAACAAAGAAAAUUGAAAGUGUUUACUUGCAUCAACAAACGUUUCUGCACUUUGUUUAGACUUUGAUGACGCGCGCUGUUGUCCAGGUCAAGUGGGGAGAUGAAAACUACACAUUUUGUUAAAUCACGAGCACAUUCGCCAAGACCAACGAGCAAAAUAAUCGCUAUGAUAGCUUUGAGACGCGCCAUUUUGAUGAAGGCAAACCCUGUGGUGAGCCUCCAUGCACAUCGCUUCAGUUCAGCGGUCGCGCAUGCUCAUGCAAAAAAGACCCCUGUUCAUUCAAACUAAUUCCUAAUUUAAAAGCAAAGCUAAAACAUGCCUCCAUCGAUGUUAAGUUCAUCUUCGAUAGUGCACGUUUAGGGUUGUUCAGCACAGCAAAUAUUCUCCAAAUAGCAGAUGUCGCCCUUCAAGUUGUGUUCUUGCUGCUCUUGCCAUGUUUUUAGCUAUAAUUUCGCCUAGUUCUUACUCUUGAAACGAGUGAAAUGUCCGCCAUUUUUUGUUUUCACAACCAAAACAACUCAACCUCGUCCCCAGGUGUUCUCGGUUAACGGUACAUUAACCUGCAAGAACGCUUCAUUUUUGACGUCAUUUCCUCGUUAAACACAAAAUUCUUCCAAAUUUGGUCAUCAGUAACUGGUUAUGGUGAAUUAUGCGUGUGCGUUUAGCCAAUCAGAAUCGGGGAAAUAUUUUGAAUGAAUAGUAAUCUUUGUUUUCUUUCUUAUUUGCGGAAGAAACUAAAAACUUAAAGCUGGUUAAACUUCACCCGAAGUCAAGGAAGCCACGAAGUUUAUGAAAAAACCGCUGUGCGUGAUGGUUAAAACCACAUCGCAAAACGACGAUCUAACCGUGACAGUUAAUAACGGAACUGCACUACUUUAUAAUGUACCACCUUACAUAGUAACAGAAAAGAAAACAUAAUAUAAUCAGAAACGUCCACAUCAGGUACAAAAUGAUGAAAAGAAAAAAACUUCGCAAUGAAGUAAAUAUAACCAUACCGCAUCACGAUAUAAACGUAUGAAUCACGUAUUUGAUAAAACAAUGUCACGAAGAAGGACAAGAUUGCACUAGAGUUGACAAAACCACGGCAUAUAUUUAAUAAUAUACCUGAAAUGCAAGGAAUGUGACGAGACUAUAUCAGUCCACGUCAUUGUAAUACCAACAGUAUGGAUUCAUGAGAAACCUUAGGCCUUAUUUUCUGUUAAAGCAUAAGGGGGUGGAACAUUCAUGAUCACCGUGAACAUAGAGAAAUGCUUGACCUAAAGUCAGUCAGUAUUCAUGCCAGGGGCGGAUCUAGGGGUAGGGUGCAUGGGGUGCACCCCCCGAUGACCUGCGGUUUUCUAAUACAACUGGUAUUCUGCAAAAAAAAAACAUGUGGUUUAUUGGUGUUGAACAACCUCGUCCCCAGGGCGCUUUUUCCUGGCUUAGGAGGUGGGGCGGGAAAAGGCCCUGGCAUCGGCCGGUCACAUGACCACCAAACACCCAGAAUUUGUGGGUGUACUAAAUUAGCAUUCGAUCGCAUAAGAUAAACAAAACAUCGAAGAUGGCGGGUAGACCAGAGUUUUUAUUAGUGCUUCGCCGGGUCGGAUUUCCCUAACCCUAACCCUAAGCCAGGGAAAAGCGCCCUGGGGACGAGGUUGGGUGUUGAAGUAGAGCAAGAGAGUGCACCCCUCCUAAAAAAAAAUCCUGGAUCCGCCCCUGCAUGCAGUUGCUUAGUAGCUCAACCUCAUGGCCUGCUAAGCAUUAGAGAAAGGAGAAAAACAAAACAGCUAGUUUGUAAUGAAUGUGCUUAAAGGGCAUCUGAGAGCUCUCGAGAGUGAAAUGCGGAAGAUCUAGUGGUGCCACGGAGCAGCACGUGCUAAGAAAAAUAAAAUAGUUGAUUGUUCUUUCAAGUACACUUAAAUUAAUAUCGCCCGCACUUUUGAAAUUACGACGUAAGCAAAAGAUUUUACGAGGUAAGAACGAAAGGAAUUUCACAACAUAAGACUGACGGAAUUAUCAGAAAAGGUUCUGUUCUUCUAACUGCAUGUGCCAUUAUGCUGCCCCACGUGAACUCACGAGACCACUCAACCUCGUCCCCAGGGCGCUUUUCCCUGGCUUUGAAACGUCCGAGCGAUAUUGGGUUUACCAGGGAGAACCGCGGAUUUCUGCAUUUUUUUAGCACGUCCUUCCUGCGUGUCAAUCUCUCAAGAGCUCUACCCUCCAAAAUCCUAUAUAAUGUGAUGCUGUAACACACUGCUGCAUUAUUUCCCAUUUCAAAGGGCCAUACUUCGAGACCUUCUCCUCAUCAUAUCUUCUACAAUUGGAAUUCAAGGACAGCUAGUCAUCUCAAGUGCAGCCAUUUAUUCCUUGGUGGGAACAUUAACUGUCGAUUAUUUUAGCUAGUCGAUUAUUUUAGUCAGAGGGCUGCAGUUGCCGCCAUCCGAUGCAGGCCUUCAAUUCAAGUCCCACCCAUUGACUACUGGCCGGAAUUAUUUCUUGAUAGGCUCGAGUUUAACUCCUAGACCACUAUUGUAAAUAGCGAACUGUGCGUAACAACGUUUUCCAAUGAUGUGAAUUCUAAAGGAAGAGUGUAAAAUUCUGAAUUCAGCUGUAAAAUUCAAGUGCAGAAGUUGAAAAUCAAACCAUGGAUUUUGGCGGGUUCGUACGCGGGCCUUACACCCCCGAGGUCAGUAUUAAAGCCAAAUAUAAUAAUUGUUUAAUUUUAUUAUUUAAUCAACCGACUGACUAAGCGUUAUAGCAUCUCCUUAAAGCCUUUCAUACUGGUAAAAGAGCAGCCUUGCCUUCUGGUGAUACGUAUUUGCAGCUACAAAUUUUAAAAGCACUGUUCCCAAGUCUAUUAAUGAUUUUAUACCAGUGAAGUUAAAUGUGAAGUAACUUAGUAACUUCUUUAAAGUCAAGAAAAUCCCACACAGAAUGCAGACAUAUAGGAUUUCGUCUGUAGAGUCAAAAGGUAGGACUACAUUGCAAAAGAUAAGUAAAUACUAAUAAUCCUAACAAAACAAACUUACCAAAAUCAUCUUGUGUACUGGCGGGUUCUGGGACUGAGAGAUGGCUGGAAUCACGGAGGUUUUUAUCUCUAGAUGGAAAGUAAGGAACUUCGCCGCGUUUACGUUACCUGCACUGUGCAGCUGUUUGUCUUUUUAUACACGGUGAAUGUCGGUUAGGUGGGCUGAAAUUAAUAGCGCAGAAUGACAAAAUAUUUUUACGAGAAUGUUGUAACUGUUAAAAGAGGGUCUCAAUGGGGUGGUGGCAUUUACGGUUAUCGGCUAAAAUUUUGCCUCUUUCACGGCUAUCAGUUAAUUUUUUUCAGUUACGGUUAACUAUGAAGUUAAAAAUUGAUUUCUUUGUUUCAAAGAGUUAAAUAGUACUAAACCUUUUUUUUUUGGAUCUUUAAGGGACGACCCAUUAGAAAACUUAUUGGGGGGUGGCGGGCGAAGUACAAAAAAUAUUCGCGCAAGGGAAAGUUAAACGAAAAAGAAUUCAUGCACGCCAAUUAAUCCGAAAAAAUAUUCAUGCUAUGGCCUAAAAAAAAUUCAUACAAGGAAUUUGAUAACGAAAAAAAAUUUCUGCGACUCGAAAAUUCCCCCCCCCCCCAUAACUUUUCUAAUGGUCCGUCCCUAAAGCAAAAUAAAUGUCUUAGGAUCAUGAAAUAAGUUAUUCUUCUAAAAAUUUUUAAUAUUUCAUAAAUCAUGCUUUUAGAGUAUUCCACUUCUAAUAUCAUUUUACGCAUAGAAAUGUUAACUAUGAAAACGUUUGUCAUCUUUUGCAUCUUGGCGUGAUUUCCUUUUCUUCAGGGGCUACUGAUUCGUUCUUCGCGUCGCUUUGUAUUUGCUACCCUCUUCUCUUUUUACUACCACGAUAGGGUCUUUACCCCAAUGAAGAACAGAUUGUACAGCAUGAACUAAAAAAGAACAAGCAUACAGAUUGAGACUCGAACAUUUCUGUGACUCUCACAUUUACAAGUGUCGGAGCCAAGCUGAGAAGUACGCGGCUUUGAAGAUCUUUGCCGCAGGAGAGUUUUCUCAUUCUCUUAAAAUGACGUGAACUCUUUGUUUAAAAUAGAAACAAAAGGUUAAGCUAUUGCCAGUCAACUAAAAUUUUUUGUGCGCCAUGAAAAGGACCAUUCCUAAUAAAAGACAACAGUUUAUUUGAAUAGAAUCUUCGUGAAAAGCAAAACUAGCCGAACGUAAAGAGUCAAAGUAGCCGCGAAAUAAGAAACACAACCGUUCUAAGUGAGUCUAGAACUUUCCUCAAAUUAUCAAAUCUAAGGAGCAAAAUUUUUUUACGGUUAACACUUUUUACCCUAUUUACGGCUAACGAUAAAAAUUUUUCAAUUUUUACGGCUAUCGACUAAAUUUUGGGCCGUUUUACGCCUAUCGGUUAACCCCAUUGAGACCCUCUUACCCUCGUGGGUAUAUUACGGUACUUCAAUCUCAGCUGGAUCAUAAAAAGACCGUUUAAACCGACUUAGGGGAAUUAUAUAAACUUAUAAAAGGUUCUUACUAAGUUAAGUCAUUCGUGAAAUUAUUCAGCCAGAAACAGUGAUGGGCUUUUGCCGGAAACGACUUUUUCCAGGCAUGAAGAAAGAAAGAAACCUUAAAGAAACAAACAAAAAAAACAAAGUUCCAUUUAAACUCGCCUUCGGCUUGUGAUUUACAAGCUUUUCUCGUGUUCUCCCAGCAUCCCAAGUGGGAUAUCACUCCGGUAAACCCAUAGAAAGUGUGGUCUAUUGCUAAAAUGAAUCGAUGUCUGAUAGUUUAAAUGGAACUUCGUGUUUUCUGUUUGUUUCUUUCUUUAAGGUUUCUUUCUUUCUUCAUGCCUGGAAAAAGACGUUUCCGGCUGAAUAAUUUCACGAAUGAAUUAACUUAGUUAGAACCUUUUAACUAUCACUGUUUCUUUUAGCGCGACCACGUAAUAAAGAAUGUAUGGAAGCUGCUGAAAUUGGGCCUGGGACCCGUUUCUCGAAAGUCCCGGUAACUUGUCCGGCCCGAAAUCAAAUAUUCAAAUCGAAAUAUAAUGAAUAAGAGCGCUGGUCCUGGCUAGCAAACUACUCCAUUUUGUUUCAUUAACUGAUAGUUUUAUCACGUUAGAUGCAAAACUAUCGAAACCUCGAUCUUUAAUGUAAACGGAGACAUCUUACCGGGCCCGUUAAUAAUCGGGACUUUCGAGAAACGGGCCCCUGAUCUCAGGUUAACUUUCAUCGAUUUUAAUUAAUUUUAAUCGAUUAUAUCGAUUGACAAUGAAAAUCGUUCAACAAUGAAUUCAGAGCUGUCGUUCAACCAUGUUGAAACGCAGACCAUGCAGACUGCGAAUGCAGAUUGUGCAGACGGAGCUGUAACGAGAAGAGGCGGGAAACGAAAGCAUAUUUACUACUUUAAAACAAGUUCUACUUUAAUAAAAGUCAAGCAAGAAAACUUAACAAUCUGAUCAGUCUGCAGUCUUCAUCGCCUGCGUUUUAACAUGAGCUGCCUUUCCUUGAAAACUCUCUUCGAAAAGUCUGAUCAGUUAAAAUCCGUGAUACGAGGACAACGCGCUCUAACGACGUUUCUUGAAAUCGAUUGAAAAGACAAAUUAAAACAUAUCCGGUCACUUUCCCCGUUUUUCCGCGUACAGGCUAGCCUGCAUAACAGGCGCUUUAUGAGCCAAGCGAGGCCAACACGGCAGUUUGCACGGAGCGCGAAACGAGUGCGAAGCGCAAGACGAGGGAAGGAUCUUCGCGCAAAAUGCCGCGUUCGCCUCGCUUGGCUCAUAAAGCGUCUGUUAAUAUGCAGACUCAGGAGCCGAUAAAAAUCGAUACAAUUAAGAGAACUCGCAUUAUGAGUAUCGAUUUUCAUCGACUGAUGAAGCCAAUCGAUAAUAGUCGAUUAUAUUUAUCGAUUAUACUUAUUGGUCUCUGAUGAUCUAUUUUCAUCUAUUGGGUACGCCGUGAAAAACUUAAGGUCUCGGUAAAGGAAAACGAGGUGCCCACAGAAAAAAAUUCUAGACGCGCGAGUAUUUUCGCUACAAAGGCAAGUUAUAUAUCAAAUUAAAGCUAAAAGACUAAAUUACCUUGUAAAACAUUUUAUUUCAUCGAAUUUCAAAAGACGCUUAAGUUUUUUGCUCUCGAACUCAGAGGUAUCGAGUUUACUGCUGAAGCUCCAGCCCUUUCGCGUUUUGAAAAAUUCACUUCCUUUUUAUUGGAUCUGAUUGACAGAUCAAAGAACUAAAAAAGGGUGUGAGGAAAUUUGCAUAUGUCUCGUAUUAGCGGAAUUAUUGCAUUUCAAACUAAAAAGUCGAAUCUCGAACGCGAUUUACGCAAAGAAACUGACAUAAAAUGAGUUACAAAGGGAAAUCGGAAAAUUCCUCAUUAUCCAUCAUAUCUGAAAGUUUCAAAGCGAUGUCGGAGAAUUUUGAUUUUUCCCUCUAACUGAGAGAGUGAGUGUCACGCAAUAGACGGGGGCUGUCAAUCACUUUUCGCACGCAACUUCUGGCGGGAAACAGAAAAGGCUCAUUUUAGAAGGGUUAAAAAGCACUUUCUGAUUUUCUUUUCUUCCAAAAUAAAAUAUAGGACCCACUCACGCCAAAAAUAAAAAAAAAAACAAAAUCGAGCAAUGUACUAAAUACCGAGACCUUAAUUAAGUGGCCUCAGGAACUCAUAAGGGGUUGAACAACCCCUUACGGGUUUCUGGUGGCCUCGAGUAGCCAGUCCCUCCCACAAAGUUUCCCAGACCUCCUUUCGGUGCCCUGUGGUAAUCUUGUUCUCGACAGAGUGUAAGGAGUUGAGCUGCGUUCCAUCCAUCUUUAAGGUGAAACAGAUUUGUUUUGGCGGGUAGGUAAUCGUAGUUUUCGAACAGCUUUGUUUACGUUAUCCUUUAGUUACUGGUAACGCGUUACUUUACGUUUUCAAGGGCAAAUCAAGCAAGAACUGUUGUUGCUUAUAUUUAAGCUUACUUCCGCUUUCGAUUUCAGUUUCAUCUGUUCGCUCAAAGAAAUAGGCAGUCGUUCAGUGCGCCAUAUUAAAUCGGACGAAGGACUUUUUUGAAAGUCUAUUUGAGCUUUUGCAACAUUCGUUCGAACGGAUUUUAUCCGUUUGUAAACGAGUAGCACGCGUGUGCAUGUGAAGAAUUGCGAUGUCCAGAUCCUCCUUAGCUUAUGUGGCAUUCCUCUAAAGUUCAUGUAAAUCCUCAGCAAAAUAUCGAAAUUGGUUACCUGUCCUGAGAUUGUUGUAAUUAUCGACUUUUAUCAACAAAUGUAGCUAAUCAAUCGACCAUUAUUGACAAUUAAUAUCGAACACUAUCGACUUAUCAACUAGCUGUCUGAAUUCUUUAUGCCUUCAAACAGUACUUUUCCACUCAUGCUGUUUGUAUAUUAUUUAUUAGCCUCACGAGUAGUAAAUCACCCCAUACAUUUAUUAUGCAUACAUGUUUUGACUCUGUUCAUAUUUCUGAUGUAAGAAAUUGCUGCAUUUUGCAUUAAAAUGUAUCAGGUGAAACGGAAAUCGCACCCAAAGAAUGACCAAACAUGCCUUGCUCUUUUUCUGCAAUCUCGUAACUCCAUUCUUUACGGAUAGAAAUCGAACUCCAACACAAAUUUCGAUAGAAAUCGAUAAUCACACGAAAUUUUGUGAUCGACUUUUUUCAAUUUCAGAUAUCUGUUGAAUGAUUAGUAUCGAUAAUCAUGACGAGCUUUGAAGCAUGAAAAAAUUUUUAUGCAAAUUAGCUGGCUGCACAUUCAGUGUGCAGCCAGCUAAUUUGCAUAAGUAAUUCAAAACCAAGGUCUGACAGCUCUAGGCUCUUGAGGUGUCGGCUGAAUACCCUAGAACUUCUGUAAAUUGCCCACAAAAGAGUAACUCAAGCUACCAUAAACUGAAAUGAAAGUAACCGCAAUAUCCGAUUAAAGCACGGUUUCAAUCUUUUUCUGCUCGGCUAACCCUCUUCCGAGGCUCAUACUAUUUUGGUAAUAAUGUAACGUCAUAAACAUUUUAUAUAGCGCCUUUUUCAGUCUCGGGCAGUAAAUUAUAGUAUGAAAAGGAGGUAAACUCAAGAAUUCAGUUUUGUGACUGCCCUGCAACUUUGAAACUAUUUAAGCCGCUUCCUAAAGGGCCGGGAAAAUGUUUUUCGUAAAAUUCGUAAAAGUAAGCUCCUUAUACUCUAAUUUAACAUUACCAAAUUUAACAAAUGCGCUAACUACUUUAUGGUCCUGUAUCGGUAUGUAAAGGCAUCAAGUCCUUAUAAAGCCGACAGAAACAACAAUUAACAGACAAGAACUAAUAUGAUUUAAGAUUUUUUUGUACUGCUUUUAUAUCAAGCAAAUGAAAUAGCCCUGGCGAUAUGUCAUUACUGCAAAAUUGCCAAAUUCAGAGGUUCCUAGAUCACUAACACAAAAAUUAAUACUGCAAUACAUGUUCUUAUACUGCUCUUUUACUCCGCUUUGUUAAGGCAACACUCGUGCCAAAAUCAAGUUCAAGCGCGUGCUAAAAAAUAAGACGGAUCGAGAGAAAGCUGUUAAUUGACCAUGAAUAUUCAAAAGAGUAAGAGUUGAAUAAGAUUAUCACCUCCAUAAGUCAAAUAAGUCAAUGUUAUGUAUUUUUCAGGUAUACAUUAGCCGGGAUACUACAGCAUUGAUUAGAGUGUUUUUGCAAGUUAACUGUGGAUUUCAGGUAUACACUACCCAGGAUACUACAGGAAUGAUUAGAGCAUUUUUGCAAGUUAACUGUAGAUUUCAGGUAUACACUACCCAGGAUACUACAGGAAUGAUUAGAGCAUUUUUGCAAGUUAACUGUAGAUUUCAGGUAUACACUACCCAGGAUACUACAGCAUUGAUUAGAGAAUUUUAACCAGUUAACUGUAGAUUUCAGGUAUACACUACCCAGGAUACUACAGCAUUGAUUAGAGCAUUUUUGCAACUUAACUGUAGAUUUCAGGUAUAUGCUACCCAGGAUACUACAGCAUUGAUUAGAGAAUUUUAACCAGUUAACUGUAGAUUUCAGGUAUACACUACCCAGGAUACUACAGCAUUGAUUAGAACAUUUUUGCAAGUUAAUAAUAAUAAUAAUAAUAAUAAUAUUUAUAGAGGGAGCCCAACUCGCCAAGGCGGUUUUCAGUGGGGCCCUCAUGCAUUAAUCUAACUAAUUAAUUAAUAAUUACGAAAAAAGUAAAAUAUGUUUACAAGUAAAACAAAUUUAAAAAUUUAAAAUCUUAAAAUCGAUUGUACAAAAAAACAUCAAGGUUUAAAAUUAGCUGAGAUCUUUUAAAAAAGUUUUUAACUUGGAUUUAAAAAUAGAUAAAAUAUUACACUCUUUUAAAUCAUUUCGAAGGCUGUUCCAGUCUUUCGCGGCGUGAAAAAUAAAAGUUUGUUUACCCCAGUUUGUUCUGGGUAGGGGUAAGCGAAUAUCAUUAGAGCGUCUUGUAUUAUAUGAAUGAACAGCUUGACUUUUAGUAAAAUUAAAGUUGAAAUCGGUUUCUCCAAUAAGACACUUGUGGAUUGCAAUGCAGCGAUGAAAAAACCUUCUUGUGGACAGUGACUUCAAAUCUAGACUUUUCAGUGCUUCAGUUGACGAGCUUCGGGGUGGUUGCCCCAGCAUAACUUUAGCAGCUUUAUUCUGUAGAAUCUGUAAUUCUGACAUGAUGGUGUCAUUGUUCUUGUCCCCCCAUAUAACGUCUCCGUAAUCAAAAAGAGGGAGGAUUAGGGCAUUGUACAAGGCAACUCUAGCUUGUAGCGGCAAUAGAUUCCUGAUUCUCCUAAUUAGGCCUAUUCUCUGAUUAAUCUUCAUGCUGAUAGCAUCAACGUGAUCUGCCCAGGACAUAGACUGUUGAAGCGUUACGCCUAGGUAUUUGAAUGAUUGUGUUCUUUCAAUGCUAGUGCCCUCUACUUUAACCGAAAUGCCUUGAAUACGAUUCAGUUUCUGAGGACUUCCAAAGAUAACAAAAUUACAUUUGGAUAUAUUUAGUGUCAGGAGAUUUCUAGAGAACCACUCAGACACUGUCCCCAAGUCAGCAUUGAUGUGAUGUUCAAGAUCACUGACGCUUUUGGAUGAGUAAUAGAGUACAGUAUCGUCUGCAUAAAGAAUAUUAUCGCUUGCCAGGUGACAGUCCGGAAGAUCAUUCACGUAAAUUAAAAACAAUAAAGGUCCCAAUAUACUGCCUUGGGUACUCCAAUAGGCAUUUCGGUAGAUGCAGAGUGAGCAUCUCCAACUGAUGUAAUUUGAGAUCUGUUUGUGAGGUACGAUCUAAACCACUGGGUGGUAGAGGUGGUAAGACCGAUGUGCGUCAAUUUUUGCAGCAGCAGGGGAUGAUCCACUGUAUCGAAGGCCUUAGACAGGUCCAGAAAAACAGCACCUGUAAAGGAACCAGCGUCCAUAUUCUGGAGGAUAUUGUCUGUGAAAUGAGAUAGGGCUGUUCCAGUUGAUAACUUCGGCCUGAACCCAAAUUGCUUAGAUGUAAGGAUACCAUUGUUCUUAAGAUAAGCGUACAGUUGGGUGUGCACGGCUUUUUCUAGAAUUUUACUGAUCGUUGGCAGCACAGUAAUGGGUCUGUAAUUGUUAGCAUCACAGCGAUCACCUUUCUUGAAUAACGCUGCCACUUUUCCAAAUUUCCAAAGAGAAGGAAAGGUGCGAGUUUCCAGGGAAAGAUUAAACAAUCUAGUAAGACUGGCACUGUAGAUUUCAGGUAUACGCUACCCCGGAUACUACAGGAAUGAUUAGAGCAUUUUUACGAGUUAACUGUAGAUUUCAGGUAUACACUACCCAGGAUACUACAGGAAUGAUAAGAGCAUUUUUGCAGUUAACUGUAGAUUUCAGGUUUACGCUACCCAGGAUACUACAGCAUUGAUUAGAGCAUUUUUACGAGUUAACUGUAGAUUUCAGGUAUACGCUACCCAGGAUACUAUAGCAUUGAUUAGAGCAUUUUUACGAGUUAACUGUAGAUUUCAGGUAUACACUACCCAGGAUACUACAGCAUUGAUUAGAGCAUUUUUACGAGUUAACUGUAGAUUUCAGGUAUACGCUACCCAGGAUACUAUAGCACUGAUUAGAGCAUUUUUACGAGUUAACUGUAGAUUUCAGGUAUACACUACCCAGGAUACUACAGGAAUGAUUAGAGUAUUUUUGCAAGUUAACUGUAGAUUUCAGGUAUACACUACCUAGGAUACUACGGGAAUGAUUAGAGCAUUUUUGCAAGUUAACUGUAGAUUUCAGGUAUAUGCUACCCAGGAUACUUCAGCAUUGAUUAGAGCAUUUUUAUGAGUUAACUGUAGAUUUCAGGUAUACACUACCUAGGAUACUACAGAUUAAUACUAUGCAAUGCAGAUAACAAAAGCUCAGGAAACAAGGGGACCCUGCAUGACCCAGCGAGGCUACUUGUCUGCGAAAUUUUUUUGAGAAAAGAGCUGACUCUCUCGAGUGUUGAACUAGAAUAGAAUAAUCCAGAAUUAUAAUUUUAAACAUCAAAUGCUACUGAUAUAAUUAUUAAGUUUUCUUACCUGUCUGGAGUCUCUUCCACUGAUGUCAAUGAUCUGGGCGCCAAACAAACGCGCACGGUACAUAAUUUCCCGCCACAAAUAAUUAAAAGCACUUUCAUGAGACGGUGAUCAAAAUGCAAAAGCAAAAUAGGAAAGCUGGCGCCAAAUUGCUAGAGGCUAGCGAUCGUUUGUUGGGCGGCGUGUGAUAGAGUGAAACUGACAAAAUAUCGAGAAAUCUGGACAGAAUCUUUUUGUAAUACAUUAUCAAAAAUUAUGUGAAAUACAUCAUCAGAGAGCACGUGCGAAAAAAAUAAUUUCCGCUCAAUAUUUUUUCUCCGUACUUUUCAUCGACAAAAAACCGAAAUAUUAAAAAUCACAACUUACCAUCAAUUCCUCGGCUAAACAAAGCUAAACUUACCGAAGUCGAUAACCAAGUAAGGAUUUCCUACAGAAAUAAUUUGCCACUCUCGUUUAGCAGUGUAGUGGUCGAACUUGACGUGGGUUAAAACGGAUUCGUUUUUCUGGCAUCUUCCCGUUAAAUUAAAGUAGAUUUAACACUUGCCAGGAGUAAUUAGAAAUCUAGCCACCUUGCUCAUAGCUUCGCAAAUGCAACCAGCGUUAUACAGUAAAGCGACAGAAACUUUAGCGAAAUAUUCAUGCGUGACAGUCGCGACAACCUCAGUAAAUCUAACAAAUGAAACAAGAUACUGAGAGAAAAAAAGGGCUUCAUUGAUUGUUUCCGGCAGGCGGUGACAAUUAAAGUAAUUUACGAGAUUAGACGACCUCCUGGUCAGAAUUUUUUUUGUAGCCUAAGCCCGUCAUGAACAUGUACCUGCAUGUACUGACAAUGAUACCCUCCAAAUGGGUUAAACUUUCAGUUUUGCUGAUUUAAUUUAAUUUUUUUAUUGCUCCGAGUUGAUCCGAGUCCAAUUUUAUUUUACUUUUAUUUUUUUAUUCGAUCCGAGUUGGUCCGAGUUGAUCCGAGUUGAUCCGACCCGGACUGGCGGUCCGACUUUUGUACCUGCCUAUGCUAAAGGUCUCUAUUAGAAUUUAUUCAUCCGCGAACUGCAGGAGUUGUGUAGGCUUGUCAACACUGUUAGCAGAGUUAACAUUAAGUUCCAUGAGGAGCCGCGUAAAGUCCCUUUUCUAAUUAUCUUGAGUGACGGUUGCUAUACUCAAUUUCCUGUUAGAAUUUUACCUCCGACCUUGUGCAUGUUAGCAGGGGUCGGAUUAGCUGUCAUCGGUAGUGAUCUUCACAGAGGCGAUGAAACAAUGCUAAAUUUCGCAACUGUCUGUUAAUAUGGUUAAAACAAUACUAGGCGGGGUAAAUACAUGUAAAUAAAAGUCGAGCGCGGUCUUUUCAACUAUUCUCCAGAUCGGAUCAGCCCGAUCAAGCCAUCAUUGUAUGGAGUAUAUGUGGGUUACUUUUUGCCGUUUCCUGGUCGAGAAUUUCUGUGUUGAUUCGCGAUCAAAAUCGCUUCCCUUAGAAGCGAUUGGUAUUUCAAGAACAUUUAAACAGAUCAGACAUGUUAGGAGAAUUCAAGCUUCUCUUCUGAAAACCGGAGACGGCCAGCCUUCCUUCUUCACAUUGGUUCAAAUGCGAGGCCAAUUCAGCCUUAGAUCAGUAGGUUUACCUUGGGACACAUUAAUUCUGGUUUGUAUAAUGACUUGAUUAAUCGUAAGACUCCUUGAAGGUAAGCACAGUGUUCGAUUUUUUUCCUUUAAUUAAUUUAUUUAUGCUUUGAACAUGUCCGCGCCAAAACCUGCUAAAUGCCCGCCAAAUUUAAUGUGGCGCUCUCGAUCGCACAGCUCGUGUUUAGAAAGAAACAGGCCCAGCACAACUUCCACUGGAGGCAAUUUUGUCUACAAAAAGUACCCUAAUAAAGAAGUCGAAAAGCUCUAUUAAUUUCGUGCGACAUUUUCUUGAUAAACAAAGGAAAGUGUUGAAAAUUAUAGACGUCCGUGUUUUAUAAUACACAUACACACGUAGUGGCCAAAUUGCUAUAUCUCUGAUCUUUUUUCAACUGUUUUGCUUGUUGCCGAUGUUUAAUGCUUCAUCAUGAUCCAGUGCGAUUUAUAGUUGUCACUUCAAUCUCAGAUCUUUGUUUCAAUUAAUGAGAAAGUUAUCUUCAGUUAAAACACUCUUUGCACAACAAUAAGGCCAGUAAUCAUCGCGUAAUAUUGCGUUGUUGCAUGCGUUCUCAACACAGCCGGACGGAGCUCUGCCUAUGAAAAUAAUCGUUUUCCUAGUAUCGAAUAGGCGGAUAUGACUCCCACUAGUAGCAAAUUUCGCUACAAAGCCAUUAAUAAGGGCUAUUCCAAGUAUAAACCUCAUAAAAGCUUUUUAUUUUGAUCAAAAAUGAAAUGAAACGGGUUAAAAAUAUCAGACGCUCGUGUUACCCAUACCCCUACCGACCUACCUAAGGUACUUCACAGAGAGCCGGGGUUGAGUGUUAAAUUUGCUCGUCAUUUGUAAGGCCCUAAAUCUAAGUAGCUUUCUUUUUCUUUUAAAAAAUUUUUACGGAGGAAUCGAAAUGAGUUUUGGUUGAUUGGUUGUGUCCAUCGCGGUUCACCCCUAUUUGUUUUGUUAAUAAAAUAAGACUGCGCAAACGGUCUCUAUUAUUUUUCACGAGCAGAGAGCUUUGAUAUAAUUCACCGAAAACAAAUUCAUGAACAUGGUUCAGGGUAUUCUGUACGUGCUUUUAUGUUGGGUGUGUCGCCUGAUUAAAAGCGAGCGAUCGGGUGAGUCGCCUUCGCUUAGUGCAAGAAGACUUUGUAAAACGUGUAUAUUAAAUGAAUCUUUCUGUAAAAAAACGAGGCCUUAGGAAAGUUUAUAAGGUAAAAUAGUCUUGGAAAACGGUUUGCCAAAUAUAUUUUUCUUUUGUUUGGGACUUGCUAAGAUUGUAUUGAGUCAACUAGACGCUUAGAAUUCGUAAUUGAACUUAUUCGUUGGGUGAUUCAAAACAAAGCUAAACAACGACCAAAGUUCCGUCUGCACGUGCUCUUCUGGGUGAGUCGCCUGAAAAAGCAAGCGAUCGGGUGUGUCGCCUUCGCUUAGUGCAAGGGAACUUGGUUGGUUAUGGCUCGUGAAAAAUAAUAGAGACCGUUCGUGCAAUGGUAUUUUAUUAGAAAACAAAUAGGGGGAACCGCGAUGGACGCAACCAAUCAACCAAAAUUCAUUUCAAUUCCCCCCGUAAAAUUUUUCUAAAAGAAAAAGAAAGCUACUUAGAUUUAGAAAUAUAAAUUUCGGGGGAGCAGAAUUAAAAGCGGGACUAUUCCCUUUUUUGAGAAAAGGCCGGUGAAGUCUCCUAUUUAAAUUCUGCUCUCCAGAGAAAGCUACUGUAAAAACUAUUUGAAUUUAUAGUUAAUGCAAAUUCUAUCGAAUUUAAAUCGCUGCACUUCGUUCAUCUUCGGUAAAUAAAUGCAUAUUGAUUCUGAAGUAUCCCCUGUUUGUUGCAAAACUCCUCUACACCGCCACAAGUUUUCCAACUGAUGCACUGUUUUGGAGCGAUUUUCAUUCUAUCAGGUUCUAUUUUUUAGUUGUGUUCGUCUCAUCAGCUUUUUAGUAGUGUCUGCUAAAAUGAGCGGUUGAAAGAUAUGUCGGAUAAAGCUUCACAGGGGGCCACGAAAGGAGAUUCUCAUUUCUGCUCAAGUAUGGUUUCAAGCUGUCAACGGUCUAUGCUUGGCUGAAUUUAAACAAUGGCCUUCUGGUCAGAUGGGGGACAAAUUUUCCCCCAUAUUUCGGUCGCUAAGGCUUGCGGCUCGCCAUGCUGGUGAGCAUCAAGUCGACGAAAUAAAAAUUCAGAAUUAUCAUAUGAUGCUGAGUUUAGAUUAGUUUCUGAUGCCUCUAACAGUCUAACCAGUCCAACGAAAAACUCUUCGAUGUUCGGUAGCCAUUGAGCAGCCAUGACGAUGAUCCCAUCAGAGAUGAGGAAAGCUCAGGGUCCAAGCCUCCCAUCUAGCCUGUAGACUCGUACCUAGUCAUUACUCGGUUGCUGUGUAUUUUUACUAUCAGGGUUGUCAUUAAGAGCCGGGGGCCGGGGAUUUUCCCCGGCUACUAAGAGAGUGGCCCCCGGCUACUUUUAUUGGAAAAUAGAAGAAAAAUAGAACCAAAAGAAAUCCCUAGCCGUUUGAUUCACCGCCUACUUGUUGUAUUUACCCGGCAACUUGAAAUCUUAGUGACAACCCUUUCGAAUUGAAAUUUUGGUUUUUCGAAUUCGAAUAUGUGACGUGACUUUAAGUUCAAAUUGAAGGUUUCAUUUGGAAUUUUGUGGAAGAUUAUCGUUGCAUUGUUCACGAUUAAGUGGCUUAUUAGAGUGGAGAAGGUGAAUUGAAGUUCAAAUCAUGUAAUUUGCAUUUUAGUUGGAAUGGUGAUUUGAACUUCAACAUCUGCGAUGUCAAGUUUUCCCUUUAUAGUUUCAACUUGUUCAAAGUAACUUCAAGUUAGAAUGAUGCUAUUUAGACUGCGUUCAUUGUGAUUUCAAAUUCAUAUAUGACGAGAUUCCGACGUGGAUAGUCAAAUUUUUGAACUUCAAAUUGUCUUUUAUUUUCAGUUAUUUUUGUCCGCAAAUGUACACCAUAGGAACCUCUGCCGACAUCCUCAACAAUUCAUAUUGAGCAUGCUCCAAAUUCAAAUUUUUCUGUGACGUCAAUCAAACCGUUACCGUAGCAUCCACUGUGUUUGUCAGCAAAUGUAAAUGGGAACGUACCGGUUCGUUUUCACCCUUCCAUAGCUGUGUUUCCUCUGGAUUUGGAAGCUCUAUAGGAACAAUUUCACCUUUGGAAUCUAAACUUGCCAUGUUUCAGUGUAAAGAAGAUAAAAAAAAUCUUAGAGCUAAGGUAAAACUUACGGUUCGCGCACUGCUUUUCAAAAACAAAGCAUCUAACCUUGAAACACAGAAACACACAAAACUGAUCGAAAUGCACCAAUCACAAAUCACGAACGACGACCUUUUGUUUCCUAAGAGCUCGAGGUUCGCUAAGAUGUAUAAAAAGCGAGAAAGUGAAGAAAGCGCCGCUUGUUCAGAUUUUGAUUGACGUCGUAGAAAAACACAAAAUCCAAAGACGUUUUUGCAAUGCAAGUCGGGUGUUAUCCACAAACAACUGUAAAAGCAUCGAUCAUUUAAAUGCAACGUGGAUUCUGUAGCCCCAUGAUCUUAUUUUGAAUUAAUGUUAUCGCAAACACAGAAGAAUUAGCAUAGAUAUUGUUUCUUAAAAUAUUAUUAUUUUUAUUCAAAACCCAUUUGUUUAUCCUUCCAAAAACUUCGCUUAACACUUACUGGAUUGUGAAUCCGUUCACGCAAUAAAAUCGGCUAAGUACAUGGUUAAAUCCAAAACAAAAUCCAUCUCGAAUCUGGGUACAUUUUCCAAUUUUCUAAAACUGAACAUUCAAACUAUAAUUUUCUCAAAAUUCCCGCAUGAAAUUGAAGCGGCAGCUAUUUGUUUUUCUAUGGAGCGUGGGCGCAGAAAGAGUCAGCAAAAUUCCAGCACAUGCGUGCAUGCACAGAUAAAACUGGUUUAUCCAGUAUAAAACUUGUCUGACUCAUCCAAAAAGCUGGAUGAUCGGCAGAUCAAAGGAACUUGAAGAUAUCAGCAGAGUCGCUUCCUCUUUCCCGACUUAUUGAAAGAUCGAAGCGACUCUGCUAGCAGGGUAUCAAAAUUAUUGAGGUGUAACAUCCUGGGCAUUAAUACACCUAUUGCAGUUAAGGUUGUUCCCGUGAACCAUAUUUCAUGGCCUGCAGUGCACUAUGGUAAACCCUUUUGUAGCGGGAAGUUCAGUCUUGUUCACGUUCAUUGAUGGCUGCGAAUAUUCUUUAAAAGCAUGAGUGAGCUAAAGAAUUUCAUUUUUAAAAUCUCACAGUAAGAAAUUAGAAGCCCCUUCCUUUAACACCAUUAAUUGAAUAGGGUUUUACCACCUGAUUAAGCUGCGUUUUUGGACGGGGCAGAAUGCUGCUUAUCUCGAUAAAGCAAGUCAACGGUAUUCUUUUUUUUUUUUUCAGUUUGAAAAAAACUUGCCUUAAAAAUAAAUAAACGCGUAAUUUCAAGUUAUUUAUUGUACUUCAAAAAGUGCCUUGAAUUUGUUUUUUUUUCAACUCCAUCCAAAAUUCCCACAUGCACGAGCCAAACAAACUCAUUGAAAAUUUAAUGCAACAUUUGCAUAUAAUUACCACAGAGCAAAACCUAAACUCAAAUCGCUGUCCCAAAAAGCCUAGCAUUCAGUGUUUUGAAAUACAUUGUCGUAACGUUCUGCUGACAUAGCAUUGAAGCCUCAGUAGCGUUUGCUUUCUUGGUUUCUAGGCUCUUGACGCGGGCACAUAAUUUACUGGACUUGCUCUCAUAAUGCACCGUGGGCUAUAUUGAAACAUGGACCAUGCUUCAUUCUUCCCCGCAGUGAACUUUAUUGAAAUAGGUACAUGUGUAUAGGUAAACUUGGGGAUUAACUUCUCAUAUGCUUUCAAGGCGAGUUCUUAGGGCAUAAAUGUCUGAUUAACUUAGCAAAAUAUAAGUCUUCAUAGUUAAAAAAAGAAAAUAUUUGCAGUUAAUUCUAAUAAAAAUGAAAGAAGUGCAAAAAAUGGGGUCCAGACAAUCUGCAAGUCAGCGAGCCAUGCUGGGUUUUGCUGAUGGACUAUCUGCAGAAUUACGUAGUAUUGAUCACCUUUUUCUUGCAUGCAUAUAAUCAGUUCUUGUUUUGCAAAAAGAUGCUUUCCAAAAUACGGAUUUUUUUCGCUUAAAAUGUCAGCUUAAGCGAAAAAAAGUUGACACAGCUUGUUUGAAAAGAUUUUCCAAGUUUCAUCCUCCGAAGGAAUGGGUAAAUAAAGUAAACUUGUGGAGUUUUGAUCACUAAAACUUUUCCAAAUUCGUGCUCACGAAAAGCAAAACAUCUCACGUCACAACUCUGUUUACAUACUAUCAUGAAAAAAAAAACUCAGCUAAUCAGAGUGCGCGUACUAUCUUAGUUAUUUUAUAAUGAUGAAUGCAAAUGUUGAUGGUAUGUACUUCAUGUAAGACUUCUUAUAAUGUCCUAAACCAUUCCCAUGACUGUCAUAAUUCUGGGGCUUGCUGUGUUGAUUUGUGGUGUGGGGUGUGGGGGUUUGUUGACAUGGAGGGGGAGGGGGGAAGAAGUGAAAGAGAUAGAGUCUCCAGGUUUUAGAUCUCCAGAGGUUGGCAUCUCAUUUACGUAUGCUAUUGUGUAAUGACUUCAACACCUAGAAAAAUGGAAUACAAAAGUGUUGGCUAUGCUCAAAUUUUUUCAAAGCCACCUUUUGGUGACCUAAAAUUACUAAAGGCAUUUAAUUUUAUCUCCCAGGGUACUCUACUUUAUUAGAUAUUCCUUGUCCUUUUAGCAUGGGGUCAAGAUUCUAAAUCAAAUUUACCAGUAUUUUGAUUCUUCAGAAAUGUGUUUAUGCCUAAUUCAUUUUCUCCUGUAUAGAGAACAUUUUAUUCUUUUUUUUAGCAACUAUCUUACAUUUAAAACAGUCUCGGGCUCUUCAUGCAUGAUGUUUAAGGUAACACUGGAAACCUUUUGGUGUUUUUAUUCCUUCCUGACAUGCAAAAUAUGUUCAUUAUAGCACAAGAUCAUUUUCUGCUGUGGGAAAUUUCUAUUUUAUAGUGUAGGCAUGUUAGGUUUUACCUUUGUGUACAUGUUAACUCGUGCACGCAAGACUUCAUAAAAUCCUUGCCACUGAGGAAUUUAUCAAUUCAGCAACUCCUCUUCAAAGAAUGUGCAGUCCAUAAAAUUAUAGUCAUUUCUUCCUGUCUUAAUUUAAGACAGGCAAUCUACAAUUCAAUUAGAGAAAUAAGUGUGCCGGUGCUUCAACUAGUUAAUUUUGUCUUUGAUAUAUUUUUAUUUAUAAUCAUUUAUUCAUGUGCAUUUUUGCACUUAUAACUUAUUCUAAGGCUUUUUCCAAAUUGGUCACUGCCUGCCGCAAUUAUUUAAUUCAUAGUUUUUAUAUAACAAUAAACUUUAACCUUUAAUAUAGCUGGAAUGUUUACAUUUCAGGUGGGUGCAUAAAUUACUGCGUGUUUUGAUACUGUUUUGCAUAUUAUGAACGACUUAUAGACUUAAGUUUGUAUGAGAAAUUUAAUAGCGGAGCUCUCAAGCGCAUGAAGCGCGCGCAGUGGAGCACCAUGGGUAACAAAAUUUGGUAAACUAUCUGUCCAAGAAAAUUUGGUUAUGACGUCUACCCGCCUGCAAGCCCACCCACACCGUACACACACUUCAUGUAAGCCGAUGUCAAAUGUCACAAUAGAUCUUGCACAACUUGACUAGCCUUUCAGUUAUGUAAGCCAUCCGUUUGAGUACAAUUAGAUUGACAGCUGUUAAAAGCAGACAUCCGCUGACAAUUAUCACAUGACCAUCUUGUGGGCUCAGAUGAAAGACCAGUCGUUUUGCCCCUACAUAUAAGCUGAUAUAAUAAUAAAUUGUCACACUUACCAAUUCAACAUAAAAACGAAACUACGCCGGGCAGGGCUGUCAGUCGGCUGACAGUCAUUUAAAGUUAUAUUGGCAAGCCAAAUUAAGGUCAAUUGACAGCUGUCAAAAUGGGACAUGUGUAGACCACUAUCAGAAAACUAAUAACGUGGGCUCAGGUUCGCUCGGGUACAGGAUCUGGCAUUUUCCACUACAAGCCAGACAGAUUUUUACUCACACUCGUAGUCUGUUAAUUCGAAUAUUGGCCAUUCUAAUGAAGGUUAAUUGACAGCGGUCAAACUAGAGUAUACGCUGACCAUCAUCACCUGACUGUAUCGCGGGCUCAUUUUUCUAUCCAUUGAGGUCACGUAGUUCUUAAAGUUUUCCGCUGAUUGAUCACGGGCUCAAUUCGAAGCCCCAUAGCUUAUAAAAUCUAUCCAUCCUAGAAAAUUCGGCAAUCACGUGACCAUACACCAACCACCCGACCUUCCGUCCGUCUGCACCACAGGCAUACCAACAUUUCAUCUCACACUUUCUAGCUAGUUUGGGAGCCUGCAACCUGAUAUUGUACAUCCAUGUUUUGAUUAAUUGACAGCUGUCAAAAUAGUGUUUCUGCUGACCAGUAGCGCCUGACCGUAUCGUGGGCUCAGGUAUCGACCCACAGUGUUUUUUUGAAGUUAUCCACUGACAAGUUGCUACUUUUCAAAUGAUUGCAGGCUCAAGUUCAAUAUUUUUAAAAUGCAUAUGAAAUAAGGCAUGUUCAUGAGCCGUACUUUUAAAAUUUUCAUUUUGAACUGACCUCGGACGCGAAAAUUUAACCGGCUUUUAGAUGCAGGGAAGGCAGUCACUUUUGACUUUUCUCACUGUCACGCGUUGAUCACGCUCUACGUCCAAUUUUUAUGUUCUGAUUGGUCAAAAUUUG